GUGGGUUCGUUACGGAGAACCUAAACUCAAGGAUGGAAAAAGUCCGGGCACGGCCACCAACCUGCCAAAUGGCUCAAAUCCCGCGGGCUAUCAGUUCGCCGCGAUUCCUAAACCCCGCGCGCGCUCUUAUAACUUCUUGUUACUUCGAAAGAGAAAUUGAAAGGAAAAAGUUUGCCGAUGCAUCCCGUUCAGCUGAUGAGUUCUGGAAAGCAAGAAUUGCUUAAUCGCCCUGGGCGUCGCACGCCGGAGGAGAUGGAGCCGCUGGUAGCUCCGCCGCCGACGAAGAAAAGGAAAUUGAGCAAGACUGAAAAUGCGAAAUGUAAUGAGAAAGAGUUCAAGAAUACCUUCUGCAAAAAUGGAGAUGAUCAGGAGAAGGUUCGGGAAGUAGCAGGAGGAGGAUCGCAGGAUGUGACUGUGGCGUUUCAUAAUGCAAGUGAAGUGCCUUUACGUGACAAGAAAGACGGUGAAAUUUUAAAAGUUUAUAGUGAUCUUAAGCAAGGAACCAGAGGCAUGCUACAAACUUGUCAAAGCAAGAUAAGGAAAUAUAAAGAAGAAAUGGCUAAAGCACCUCAGGCAUCUCAUCAUGAUGAUUGCAAGGAGAGACCAAAAAACUGUCAGCGUUUUUCUUUGUUCAAGACGAGAAAUCUUAAAGAUCUAUUACCUAGUAGCAAGUUCCAUUCUGUCAGAAAAAGGACGCCAGUUUCAUACAGAGUUGAGCAUAAAAGAACUAAUUGUAGUUUAUAUUCACCAAAUGCGCAUGAUUCAGAACCAAAGGUGGAUGCUGCUGCCAAUAGGAGAAACUAUUUUCCCAUAACAAUGCCAAUGGAAGUUGCUCAAAAUGGAACUCUUCCAGUAGUCUCUCAAGUUUUGGAGAGGAGAGCUACUGAAAGUGACCUUUUUCCUGUUUGUCCAGUUGAAAGAAUGCAUUCCGUCAAUGGGACACAUAACUUGGAUUUCAAAGGCUCAGUAGGGGAUGCACGAGGGUUGGAAGUAAGAAAGAAAAUCACAAAAGCAUAUGUUAGAAAUAAUAAACGAAAACCUUUCUUCAAAGUUGAGAAACUUGAUCUUUAUGCUUUGCAUCUCUUGGCGGACACAGCUCUGAAUCAUGGAUCAGAGCCAUUCUUCCAUGUUCAAGUGCAAAAGCAAGAAGGUGAAUCUAAAAAUGGCCUUGAUGAGCAUGAACCAUUAUUAAGAAGCAACAAGAGUCAAGCCUCCAAUGUCAGUGCUGAAAGAAAUGGAGGGGAGAGGUCCGCAUCAGAAUCUGCUUCUGUUAUCCAGAGGGAUUUGCAAUCAGAGGAUGUUUCCCUUAACGUACAUGUUUCUCCUGAAGCAAAUCAUGCAAUUUUUAUAUCUAUCAAUCAGAAUCAAAAUUCCAAUCAGGAAUUGAAGAAAGAGGAUAAGAAAUUGAUUUCAAAAGAUAAUUUCGAUAUCAAUUCACAUGUGGCAGGAUUUCAUGUCAGCAAGGAGUCGCAAGUGGUUUCAACCAAUGCUGAUCAAAAGGCUGACGGAGCUAAACAUGAAUGCAUUGAUUGUCAAAGUUCAAUGUGCAUCCAAGCUUCUACAUUGGAAAGCUUUCAAACCAGGAAAUCAAAUCUUAAAGAUGACACUAAGCUGUUUUGUGCUCCUGGUAGAAAGGUCACCUUUCUUUGUGAAGAAAAAGAGAGAAUUGAUAAAACCAUCGCAGAAAAAGAUGAUUUAUACUUGAAAGGAAACUCUGAAUGUUUUAGGGAACAGAGUUCGGUGUUUCUCCCAUUGGAACCCAUUUGCGAUGAUAAGGUUUCUUCUGCUUCGUACGAACUAGAGCCAUGCAGCACCUGUCCUGAAAAUUCACAACCUAGACUUUUGACAUGCAUGGAAACACCACAAAAGUCCGAGGGAUGUCCUAGUUCCUCCACUGACAUUAGCUUCUUCGAUAGAAAUCUUGAAGAUUUGCAGAACUCUAAGGGUUGUGCUAGCUCCUUUAAUACCGCUAGUUUUAGAAAUCAAAGUUCAGGUUAUCGUGUGAGAGAAAUAGUGCAGAGUUCCAAAUUCAAAGCAACUAGUAUGGUUGAUGUAGCUAUAAAGGCAAUGUCAUCAAUAAAAGCAGGAGAAGAUGCUUAUGCAAUGAUUGGAGAAGCCUUAGAAUCAACAGGAAUUCGACAGGUUGGUGUUCAUUCCAGAAUAUCAAGAUUAAAACAUUCCUCUUAUCAACAAAAUGGGGGUCCACAAAACUGUCAUCAAGAUUUAUUAUGCAACCCUGCGGAGGUAGCAUCAAUAGUUCAUUCCAUCAAUUCGACAGUUCCAACAUUCUCCCAGAAUUACUCCCGAAUUCCUCCAAAGCUGAUCUCAGCUUGUGUUGCUGCUAUGCUAAUGAUUCAGGCAUGCAGCGACAGAGGAUUACCGCCUGCCGAAGCCAUGGAAAUACUUGAGGAAGCAGCCAGAGACUUGCACCCUGAAUACUCUCAAAACCUCCACAUCUACAGAGAAAUAGAGGAACUUAUGUGCAUCAUUAAGACUCAGGUCUUGUCUCUCAUAAAAACACCUACUUCAAACUUGCAGAUGUAAGUUAAUCCAAGAAGAUUAAGCUUCUGAGGUUCGUUUCUUUCCUGGCCUCAACAAGAAAAUAUAACAGGGCAUUAUUUUGGUUAUACUUGUACAUGGUUUCUUACCAUUCUUGCACUUCUAUCCCAAAGUAGGUUAUUCUUCUUAGAUUUGUACAUAGUUGAUUUAUAAAUACCAUUGGUGGAUAUGACCAGCAUACUUUUUAAUAAUCAAUUUAUGUAGUUU